AUGGUUAAUGGAGAAUUCAAAUGUCUUGAUAGUGUACAACAUUUAAAAACAAAACUUGGUCAUGGUUAUAGUAUAUUUGUUCCAUCAUAUGUUACUAAUGGUACGAAAAAUACUAUCAAUUAUAUAAAAGAACGUAUAUCAGAAGCUGAUAUUAAAGAAGAACAUGAUAAAAUGAUACAUUUUUGUGUAUCAGCAAAUGUUCAAUUAUGUCAGUUGUUUGGUGUUUUUGAAAAAGCAUGA